CCUCGGACACCGUAGUGAAUGCAUGGCCCGCAGGGAUCAUGUUGAAGGUGACAGGUAGUGCAAUGCCGGGGACUUUGAGUCUUUUGCCGAUCACCGUCUUUGCUGGUGGUGACGAAGAAAAAGAGACAACCACCACGUUACAUCUGGAUGAACUGUCUCUGUACACCGCUCCUCAGCAGAAGUCUCGGUAUGUGGAGCCCGAAGCCGGUCAGCUUGAGCAGAGUGUCGCCACCCUCAGGAAUGUGGUGGAGCCAUACACGACUUGGUGCCAGGGCACUUACAAUAAAAUUAAACCCAAAGUUCAAAGUUUCGUCCAGUGUGGGAGUGACACCUACGACUACCUGAAGAACCCUCCGAAGGACUUCUACCCCCGGGCAGGAGUAAUUGGCUUUACCGGUGUCCUGGGAGUACUGCUCGCCAGGGGCUCAAGGAUAAAGAAACUCAUCUACCCGGCUGCCCUGAUGACAGUGAGCACCUCGCUCUACUACCCGGAACAGGCUGCCGCCAUCGCAAAGUCAAGCGGGGAUUCCGUGUAUGACCGCGCCGUGCAGAGCUACGCUGCGCUAGAGAAGAUGCUGAACCCCCAACGCAAAACUGAGAAUGGUACCGACCCAGAACCUAAACCCUGAUGACCCCUGCGACCACUCAGCAAGAAGAAAUCAUACAGCAGCUUUUUCGUGAUACUGUAGUUUGACAUGAGCUACCUAGACCGGCUGUGAUCUGUGUGACUUUCUCAUGCCCACUUUUUGCACUAAGCUUCACGUUUCUCAGGCCGGGCAUGGCCUGUCACAAGGGGUUUGCAACCUGAAUGAUUUACUUCUGCUUCUGAUUUGAAUGUAUAUUUAUGUAGAGAAUUAAUAAAAAUCGAUUGUCUUACAUUAAAAUCUUAAGACAUC